AUGGCAAAUUCCGAAAGAGCUGAAGAGCUGCAGGAAAAUUAUCAGAGAAAUGGAACGCUGCAUGGAGUAGCUAAAGUGAGACAGCAAGCUGUUGGACCUAUAGAGAUAUUUCGCUUUGCUGAUGGACUGGACAUCCUGUUCAUGAUUUUGGGAUUGUUGGCAUCACUGGUGAAUGGAGCUUGUCUUCCUGUAAUGUCACUAGUUUUAGGAAAAACAAGUGAUAAGCUAAUUAGCGGUUGUCUAAUCAGAACUAACACAACAAAUUAUCAGAGCUGUAAUCAGUCCCAAGAGAAGUCGACUGAAGAUACGGUGCAGUUGACACUGUAUUAUACUGGAAUAGGGCUGACUGCCUUGGUUUUUGGCUACAUGCAGAUUUCUUUUUGGGUUAUAACUGCAGCACGACAGACCAAGAGAAUUAGAAAACAGUUUUUUCAUUCAAUUUUGGCACAGGACAUCAGCUGGUUUGAUGGCUGUAACAUCAGUGAACUGAAUGCUCGCAUGACUGAGGACAUCAACAAAAUCCACGAUGGUAUUGGAGACAAGUUCGCCCUGUUGUUUCAAAACAUGGCUACUUUUUCUAUUGGCCUAACGAUUGGGUUCGUGAAGGGCUGGAAACUCACUCUGGUGACUCUGUCCACGGCUCCACUUAUAAUGGCUUCAGCAGCAAUGUGCUCUAGGAUGGUCAUCUCACUCACCAGUAAGGAAUUAAGUGCCUAUUCCAAAGCUGGGGCUGUAGCAGAAGAAGCCUUAUCAUCAAUCCGAACAGUCAUAGCCUUUGGAGGUCAAGACAAAGAAAUUCAAAGGUAUACACAGAAUCUUAAAAAUGCGAAGGACGUUGGUAUAAAAAAAGCUAUCGUUUCAAAACUGUCUCUUGGUGCUGUGUACUUCUUUAUGAAUGGAACCUAUGGACUUGCUUUUUGGUAUGGAUCCUCUUUGAUUCUUAGUGGAGAACCCGGUUAUACCAUCGGGACUGUCCUUGCUGUCUUCUUCAGUGUAAUCCACAGUAGUUACUGCAUUGGAGCAGCGGUCCCUCACCUUGAGACCUUCACUAUAGCACGAGGAGCCGCCUUUAAUGUUUUCCAGGUUAUUGAUAAGAAACCUACUAUUGAUAACUUUUCAACAACUGGAAGUAAGCCUGAAUACAUUGAAGGAAAUGUGGAAUUUAAAAAUGUUACUUUCAGUUAUCCGUCAAGACCAUCUAUCAAGAUUCUGAAGGGCCUGAAUCUCAAAAUUAACUCUGGAGAGACCAUAGCCUUGGUUGGCAGCAAUGGCAGUGGCAAGAGUACAGCAGCCCAGCUUCUGCAGAGGUUAUAUGAUCCCAAUGAUGGCUCGAUCACGGUAGAUGAAAAUGACAUCAGAGACCUUAAUGUGCGGCAUUACCGAAAACUUAUUGGAGUGGUCAGUCAGGAGCCUGUUUUGUUUGGGACUACGAUUAGUAACAACAUUAAAUACGGACGAGAUGGUGUAACUGAUGAAGAGAUUGAGAAGGCAGCAAAGGAAGCAAAUGCUUAUGAUUUUAUCAUGGAGUUUCCUGAUAAAUUUAAUACCUUAGUAGGAGAGAAAGGAGCUCAAAUGAGCGGAGGACAGAAACAGAGAAUCGCAAUUGCUCGAGCUUUAGUUCGAAACCCCAAGAUUCUGAUCUUAGAUGAGGCUACAUCUUCCCUAGACACAGAAAGCGAAUCAAUUGUUCAAGCUGCACUGGAGAAGGCAAGCAAAGGUCGGACUACAAUUGUGAUAGCACACCGGCUAUCUGCUAUUCGGAACGCUGAUCUGAUUGUGGCCAUAAAAGAUGGGAGGGUGAUAGAAAAAGGGACACAUGCUGAACUAAUGGCAAAAGAAAGUCUAUAUUAUUCACUUGCAAUGUCACAGGAUAUUCAAAAAGUUGAUGAAGAAAGGGAACCUGUGACUUCCUCUGCCGAAAGACAUAGUGAUUCAAGUCCUCCAUGCUCUGGGAAUAUCACCAAGCCAGACUUAAAACCAGGUUUUGCUGACAAGUCUGAGGAAUCCACCCAAAAAAAAGAGACUGAUAUUCCUGAAGUUUCUCUACUAAAAAUCAUGAAAUUAAAUAAGUCUGAAUGGCCUUUUGUGGUUCUGGGAACAUUAGCUUCUGUUCUAAAUGGAAUUGUUCAUCCAGUGUUUUCCAUCAUCUUUGCAAAAAUUCUAACUGUCUUUGGAAAGGAUGAUAAAACCACAUUAAAGCAUGAGACAGAGACUUAUUCCAUGAUAUUUGUCAUUUUGGGUGCUAUUUGCUUUGUCAGUUACUUCAUGCAGGGACUGUUUUUUGGCAAAGCAGGAGAAAUAUUAACAAUGAGAUUAAGACACCUGGCAUUUAAAGCCAUGUUACACCAGGAUCUCUCCUGGUUUGAUGAUAAGGAAAACAACACAGGUGCCCUGACGACAGUAUUAGCUGUAGAUAUAGCACAAAUUCAAGGAGCAACAGGUUCAAGACUGGGUGCCAUAAUACAAAAUACAACCUGUAUGGGCCUGUCCGUUAUCAUUGCUUUCGUAUAUGGAUGGGAGAUGACACUCUUGAUUCUGAUUAUUGCUCCAGUCCUUGCUUUGACUGGAAUUAUUGAAACUGCAGCAAUGACUGGAUUUGCCAACAAGGAUAAACAAGAACUUAAACGUGCUGGAAAGAUAGCAACUGAAGCUGUGGAGAAUAUACGUACUGUAGUGUCGUUAACAAGAGAAAAAGCCUUUGAGCGAACGUAUGAUAAGAUGCUUCAGACUCAACACAGAAAUGCCUUGAAGAAAGCCCAGAUCUUUGGAGGCUGCUAUGCAUUCAGUUAUGCCUUUGUCUAUUUUAGCUAUGCAGCAGGGUUCCGACUUGGAGCCUAUUUAAUUCUGGCUGGACGAAUGACCCCUGAGGGCAUAUUCGCAAUUUUUACCGCGAUUGCAUAUGGAGCUAUGGCCAUUGGAGAAACACUUGUUUGGGCACCUCAACAUUCCAAAGCCAAAUCAGGGGCUGCACAUCUGUUUGCUUUGUUGGAAAAGAAGCCAACCAUAGACAGCUACAGUCAAAAAGGGAAAAAACCAGAUACAUGUGAAGGGAAUAUAGAAUUUCGAGAAGUCUCCUUCUUCUAUCCAUGCCGCCCCGAUGUCCUCGUUCUUCAGGACUUAUGCCUCAGUGUCAAGUCAGGGAAGACAGUAGCCUUGGUUGGGAGCAGUGGCUGUGGGAAAAGCACUUCCGGUCAGCUUCUGUUGCGGUUCUAUGAUCCCCUCAAAGGACAAGUGCUCUUUGAUGGUGUGGAUGCAAAGGAUUUGAACGUACAGUGGCUGCGUUCCCAAAUAGCAAUUGUUUCUCAGGAGCCGGUACUCUUCAACUGCAGCAUUGCUGAGAACAUUGCCUACGGUGAUACCAGCCGUGUUGUGCCCCUGGAUGAGAUAAAAGAAGCAGCAAAUGCAGCAAAUAUCCACUCCUUUAUUGACUCUCUCCCCGAGAAAUACAACACACAAGUUGGGCUGAAAGGAGUACAGCUUUCUGGUGGCCAAAAACAAAGAAUAGCUAUUGCUAGGGCUCUUCUUCGAAAACCAAAAAUUUUAUUGUUGGAUGAGGCCACUUCAGCCCUUGACAACGAGAGUGAAAAGGUGGUACAGCAUGCCCUGAAUAAAGUGAGGAGAGGGCGGACGUGCCUAAUGGUGGCUCACAGACUUUCCACAAUACAGAAUGCAGACUUGAUCGUGGUUCUGCACAAUGGAAAAAUCAAGGAACAGGGAACUCAUCAAGAGCUGCUGAGAAAUCGAGACGUGUACUUUAAGUUAGUGAACGCACAGUCAAUGCAGUGA